UCACGUGGGUGCCGAGGGGCGGGGAGGCGAGGCUGGUGCGGGGACGUUGCGCCCUUCUUUCCGCGCCACAGGUCGGAAGCGUGGCAGAAGGCUGGUGAGUAUCAUACUGGAAAUGGAUCUUGCUGAAGAAGACUACCCCACAGAGAUUCAUGAUUACCUAUUAGCCUUUAAAACGUCUGUUGGGUCAGUAGAUGCAGUGUUGAAGACGAUGAUGUCUAUAUCCAGAAGCGAGCUCCUCCAGAAGCUAGAUCCUCUUGAACAAGCAAAAUUAGAUUUGGUCUCAGCUUACACAUUGAAUUCAAUGUUUUGGGUGUAUCUCGCUACACAAGGAAUAAAUCCAAAGGAGCAUCCAGUAAAACAGGAAUUGGAGAGAAUAAGAACAUACAUGAACAGGGUGAAAGAGAUUGAAGAGAAGAAAAAAGCUGCCAGGCUGGAUAAAGGUGCAGCAUCAAGAUUUCUACGAAAUGCACUGUAUGAACCAAAAGCUCAAAGCAAAUCUGCAAAGAAAAGUCCUGUUCCAGCCAAAAAGAAAAAAACCCACUAGAAUCUUGCUGAUUUAUAGGAAUUAGUAUAGGAUUAUUUUAACAGUUUUAUAUAUAAUAAAAAU